UCAAAAUGAUUGGUUUUCUAAAACAAAAAAUUUUUGGCCGACCGGUGAAGUCUGUGAAAAAGCCAAAAAACGCUUAUUACGUCGUCGGAGAUUUUUUGAGAUGGCCCGUGAUUUUGUACAAAACCUUGGGUAUAGUUCCCUACGGAACUGAUCAAAAUCCCGGCCUAUGGUUUUAUGUAUACUUCCUGUUACUAAUGGCGAAUUUAGUCAUAACAGUGACAGAGACCGUCUUAUUUACGGUGAUUUCCUUUCGUGAAAAUAACGACGUUCUUGAGGGCUGUAUCUUAUGCGGAUAUAUCACAUUUACGGUCACCGGCGUGCUUAAAAUAAUCACUGUGGUGAUGCAGAAAGAGAAAUUGACCACUCUCGUCAGGAGGCUAGAGUCCUGCUUUCCACAGUUUAACGAAAUGGAACAGGAGCAGUUUGCUGUGAAGACUUACUUGAAACGUUGUCACCUCUUUACAAAAUGCUUUUCAGUACUCAUGAUGGCCAUGUUUUUUACCCACAGUCUGUCGGCCAUUGUUAUAUACGCCUUUCAGAGGUUGUGGCUUCGAUCGGUAGAUGCAAAGCAAUCACUGCCCUUUUUCGAUUACGCUCCUUGGGACUGGCGUGGAUCGUGGAAAUACUACAUGACCUACGUGGGGCAGUCGCUCUCCGGUUAUGCCGCCACAUGCGGAAACAUGUCUUGCGACCUUAUGAUCUUUGCCAUGGUCUUUCAGGUCACGAUGUACUUCGAUAGGCUUUCCAAGGCUCUCAGGGAGUUCAGGAUUCGAAGACAUGGCAGGGUUGAUGAAACGAGUAAUAAAAUGGAGGAGCUGCGGUCCUUGAUUGUCUAUCACAUUAAAAUACUCGGAUUGACCGAUCUUAUAAAUGCGGUCUUUGGAGUUCCCUUGCUGCUUAACUUUAUGGCCUCCUCGUGGCUCGUCUGCCUUGUGGGAUUUCAGUUAACUAUUGAUUUCAGCCCCGAACAUUUCUGCAAGCAGGUGCUUCUCCUGGUUUCCGCCCUUGUCGAGAUAUUUCUCCUGUGCUCCUUCAGUCAGAUGUUGAUCAAUGCGAGUGAAAAUGUGAGACUUGCAGUCUAUGAAAUGAAUUGGACGGAGGCCGAGCCACAAUUUCGAAAAAUGCUAAUACUCUUGUCUCUGCGGGCUCGGAAGCCCAUAUGUCUAAACGCUACAGUAAUCCUGAACGUGUCUAUUGAAACUAUGAGCAUUUUUCUGCGAGUGUCUUACAAGUUCUUCUGCGCCGUUCGAAUGAUGUACAAGUAAAUACUUUAAAUAUUCGUGUAUUUACAACGUACAAAGGCUUUGACUUUGAUCACUUCUCUACGGAAUCUUUUGGACC